GUUCGAUCUAUCUCGGAUACACAAGCUUACAACAAUGCUUUCUGGUGUUUCGUAUGUAGGCUCUGCUAGCUGCUUGACAUUACCUUAGGAGUCUGAACGACAAUCCAAGUUACGAAUAGUGAGACGAAUUUAUCUCGUUAUUCUGGUCUUACUCAAAGAUGCAGUUCACAAAACAAGGUUUAAUUCUCCUGGUCCUCGCCGCUGGGAUAGAAGCGGUUCGUACCAUGAUCCCUAAGACGAGUUUCAACUCUCAAUCGGAUUUUGACGCGGAUUGGAACUACAAUUAUCCAUGGGGGACAGAUCAUAAUGGCGGAGCGAGAAUGAGCAAGGACCAAGUCAAAUUUUCCAACGAGAUGCUCACUUUGACAGCGAAGAAGGUCACUGGACAGCGCGACGCAGUACACGGAGGCAAGAAUAUCAAGAUCAACUAUUUAUCAGGCGCCAUUAGCGCCAAAGAGCAUUUCAACGUUUCUCGUGGUGGCGGAUACGACUUCACGGGAGAGUUCAGGGCGACGACGACGAAAGGCACUUGGCCUGCGUUUUGGCUCACGGCCGUGGAUAGCUGGCCACCAGAGAUCGAUAUGGCGGAAUGGAAGGGCUCUGGGAAGAUCUCUUUCAAUACCUUCAAUACCUCAUCAAUCCUGUCAUGGAAAGACGUCACCUACUCAACCCCGGACCAAUUCCACUCCAUUAAAUGCGAAGUGAGGGAUAUCAACCAAAGAGAUGUCUCAGUGAAGUUCUACAUGGACGGAUCGCUCGUCACAACGCAAAUAGGAGGUGGCUUCUUUGGAAAGCCCAUGUACCUUAUUAUCAACUUGCAAAUGGAAGGGUCGUCCGGGUCCCCGGGGCCGAGCAGCGAUACUCUUUACCAAGUACGCAAUCUCGAAGUCCUCACUUACAAUCCGUGACGGACGAGGAGGAGGGCAUUGUAGAAAUUAAGUUAGGAAAAUUUAUCCUGGAGCAUAUGUAGCAAUAGUAGCACCAUAGGUUCGUUACUUGGUGAUGAGCAGUUUACUAGGUUAGUCUAAAGAACAUAUAUAUUAAGUCCGUGACAUACAAGCAGUACGAUACUCGGCACGGCUCGUUGU